AUGCGGCCGCUACACGGCGACGACGCAUGGGCCGCCAGCCAGCGACACCGGGAUUUCCAUCUAACUGCUCCCUCAGCACCAAACAGUCACAUGUCUCUCUUCAUUACAGACGAGGCCUCGCUUGAUUCCCACCGGGACCGGCCAGCAGCCCCGUCCCACUCCCGCGACUCCAGUAAGGUUACUGAGCCGUCCCGAUCAAGCAAUCGAGACCAUGCGCGAGACGACGAACCCUCGUUCUCUCCGUCCUCGAAAGUUUCUCUCUUUUCUCAGAGCCCUGCCUCGCUCCCAUCACAGAUUCAGUCGUUGCCCGUAUCGCGCCCGAUCACACCUCUCACGCUCGGCCCAUCUUGUAUGGGCUCUGCCGACAGUAGUGCCUCAUCGCGCAGAAACUCAUUCGCUAGCUCGUUCUCAGAUCAUGUCAUCAAUUCCGACCACGAGUCUGCCGGCGAGCAGGCCUCCGCCCCAGCUAUGUUAGACAGCGGCAGCGCUCCGCAGCUCGUCAUGCCCAGUAUCAUGAUGCCGAGCCGUCGUCCUUUCACCGAGACUGGCAAGAACCUCGGCCGGUUGAAGAUUCUUCUUGCCGGUGAAUCUGGCGUUGGUAAGACAUCCCUGUUGAAAGCGAUCGUCCAGACAUGUGAUCAUAUCGUACAUGUCGACCCAAUUCCCCCAACCGUUGAUAAUAAUAAAACCUCGCGACCGGGGAUGGCCACGUCAAAAAGAAAACAGCGUACAUCAACGACCUCUAUCUCUGAAAUCUAUGCCAGCACUAGACCUUACCCCGAAUGGUGGCAAGAGUCAGACGCUCCUAGUGUGUCUCACAAGCGGAAGAGACUAGGAGACAAUGUACUAGAACGUAAUAUUUGCUUUGUCGAUACCCCAGGAUAUGGUCGUGGAUCAUCGGCCAUGGAGACGAUCAUGACAUGCGUUGACUACAUCGAAUCGCACCUGAACAAAGUGUCAUCAGAUGACUUGAGUGAUUCCGACUUAGUUAGUAUGCUGGGAGGAGGUGGAGGAUGUCAAGUAGAUGCUGUGCUCUAUCUCAUCUCACACACACUGAAACCGGCCGACCUGGAAUAUAUUCGCCGCUUGACAACUCUGACAAACGUCAUCCCCGUUCUGACGCGGGCGGAGUCAUUCUCCGAGGAACAAGCUGCAGCGCAAAAGCAGGUGAUAGCUGGGCAGCUCCGAGACGCUGGCAUCAAAUCAUUCGCUUUCACACCUUCAGCGGCCCAGGAGAAACGGACAUCUUCCGCACCGUCGAUUCCCUACACUGCCUCUAGUGCGACGGUGCCUGACCAUGAUCUUAUGGACGCCAGUCUUUUGAUGAGCCCUGAUUACGUCCAGCCACUAAUACCAACAGAUCUCACAUUCCUUGUCAACAAGAUUUUCAGUCUCGAUGGAGCCUCAUGGCUUCGACAUUCAGCAGCCAAGAAGUACCUACAGUGGCGGGAACAAACGCCACACCAGCCCCGUCACCUGUACAGACCUCUCGCGUCCCCUGCUGCCGGGUCGGAUCCUUCAAUGGCUUUGCAGCAACUAUCUCUAUCGCUUGCUAUACGUCCCGGAGCACAGCAGCAAAACGAUAGGACGGCGCAGCUUCAAAUGGCGGACUGGGCUGCCGACCUACAACACACCUUGGCAAGUGAGAGGUUACGUUACGAGACUCUUGCCCGUGGCGAGCGAGCGGUCUGGCUCACCGAGAGGCUACACGAAUGUGUGCAAGACGGCACUUUGGUGACGAGGAAUGGGUCGAGGGAGGUGCGCACUAGGGGACGGAAAGGUGCAGGAGCUGGCCGGCACGCAGCGUCGUCGAAAACUCAGCGACACCAGGACCCGUUGGGCUUGCUUCAAGUGGCAGCCGACCUGAAGGCUAAGAGCUGGAUGGCGGUGGAAGUAUUGGGUAGUUUAGGGAUGUCGCGCGCCUCAAUGGACACCAUGGAAAAGACCUGGGGCAUCACGGGGCCCAUAUCCUCGGCCCUUCCCACCCCUGCCGAGACUCAGGCUACUACCCAACUCCUCGAGGAGCUAAGACGACAGAACACGUUCGAAACUGCCUCCGAAUCCAAGAAAAGAGAGAACGUAGUUAAUGAUCUGCAACGCAUUGCCGACGAAUUUGUUCGCAAGGUUGCUCGAGCCAAAGAGCCACACAACGAAGUCCUCAUCCGAGAUGCGCGAGGUGAGGUCUUCACGUACGGCAGUUUCUGUUUAGGUGUCUACGGCCCGGGCUCCGAUAUCGACACCCUCGUCACGGCUCCUCGCUAUGUCACCCGCGAUGACUACUUCAAGUACUUCCCCGAUCUGCUCCAGGAAAUGGCACCGCCCAACGCCAUCACUGGCCUCACUGCUGUCGAAGAGGCUUUCGUUCCUAUCAUCAAGUUCGAGUACUGGGGCAUCAGCAUCGACCUCAUUUUUUCCAGGAUCGCCACCCUAACCCAGUUUCCACCACAUGGGCAGUUACAACUAACCAGCAAUGAGUACUUGCGUGGCCUAGAUGAUCGAGAGCUGAGAUCUCUCAACGGAACUCGUGUCACCAAGGAAAUUCUCAAUCUCGUCCCAGAACAAAGCACGUUUCGAACAGCUCUACGUGCUAUCAAGCUGUGGGCCCAGCGUCGUGCCAUCUACGCGAAUAUCAUCGGCUUUCCUGGUGGUGUAGUAUGGGCCAUGAUGGUGGCUCGCGUCUGUCAACUCUAUCCUAGAGCUACGAGUGCCACCAUUGUCGCCAAGUUCUUCUCCAUCAUGAAGAACUGGCCGUGGCCCAUGCCUGUACAGCUUAAAAAAUCGGAGGACGGCCCACUAAACGUCCGUGUUUGGAACCCAAAGGUUUAUAAGAGCGACAGUUUUCACUUGAUGCCUGUCAUCACACCUGCCUACCCUCAGAUGUGUGCUACUUUUAAUAUUACGAAGUCCACCAAGGCUAUAAUACAACGGGAACUUGAACGCGGCGUUGAGCUUGCUGACAAGAUAUUAACAUCGCAGCUUUUAUGGAAAGACUUAUUCGUGAAGCACACCUUUUUCACCCAAGAUCACAAAUACUAUCUUGCGGUCAUUGCCACGAGCACUACCAAGGAAGCCCACAAAACCUGGUCCGGUUUCGUUGAAUCUAAAGUCCGCAUUUUAGUCGGCGAGCUAGAACGCCAUCCUUCGGUUGCCAUAGCUCGUCCAUUUAAUAAGGGAUUCGAACGGCAACACCUCACGAAGAGUGAUGAAGAGAGCACACAGGUAAAAAAUGGCAGUCUGCUCUACGUGACCAAGGACGAAGAAGACUCUGCCGAUAGCGCUGUAUCUAAGGGGGAAAAUGGUACCGAUAGUGAUGCUAACACACAUGAUUCAAAAGCUAAAACCGAGGAGGCCGCCGAGCCAGGGAGGACGUAUACCACAACUCACUAUAUUGGCCUGGAGCUUGCCGAAGGUGCCAAAUCUCUAGACUUAUCCUACCAUGUCAACACGUUCAAGCAGAUGUGCAGCGAGUGGGAAAAAUAUUCCGCCGAGCUAAACCACUUGAGCGUACAGCACGUGAAGAAUAUCAACCUACCUGAGGAUGUGUUUGAACCCGGCGAGAUUCGCCCUGCUCGGCCACUUAAGAAACCGGUCGCGAAUGGCACGGCCCCAAUCACUCAGAGGAAGCGCAAUGCGCCCACCGAAGGCCAACCUCCACCGCCGAAACGACAACAAUCUUCUGCUGCUGCUGCUGCCGGCUGA